UGACCGGCUGUGGUAAUAUAUAAAUCUUAUAUUCUAUCGCAUAUAUACUCAUGUAACACCGCAGUAUAUGCACUGAUUAUAUCAAAUAAAUGAUGUAUAUUUUAAAGAAAGGGAUUGUUUUAUUACUGUGUCUCCUAGUGAUCAAUGCUGUUGCCAAAGAAUUGUUGGAAGCAGAAAAAUGCGAAGUGCAUCAAAUUACCGCCGUCUCUCAAGACUUCAACUACAACUUUUCUACACAUUUUCCUUUCUUUUCCAGCUUCUUCCAAUCAAUGAGGAUUACGGUUGACGGAUCCAUUGUGUUUCCUCCCUCUUACGAAGAAAAGAUAUUAGUGUUUAAUAACACUGGGAUAUCUACUGCAAACAUAUAUAUCAGUGAAUGCCUCGCACCUUCAUCGUACACUGAUGAAGUAGAUUCAAUCAUUAAUGCCACCUAUGGUUAUGAAAGUUUCAAAUCAACAUGGGCGAUGGCAGUGUCGUGGAGUAUUAAUCGAAAUCUUUUUCAAUGUAUCUUAGCCACCGAUGGAUCGGAGUCAUUUUCCUUAUAUGUUUACAAAAAUAUUUACAAUAUUCCGGAUGGUGCUGAGGUACGUAAAAUCCUUCGUUGUUCUUCUAGCUUUUAUAUCUCUUCUGAUAGUGUUGUCAGCGGUCUUAAACUGCAAGAAAGCGAUGCAAUUGUGAUGGUUCUUCUGCAGUAGAUAUGUUCUAUUUCCUUGGUAGUCCUAGUAACCUAGUCCUAGGUUAUUUUUUUGUUUGUUGAUAUUGUCUUGUGUGAUCUCAUCACAUAGAGACCAUGCGCUAUGCAAAUCCCCAACCAUUACCGUACUAUUAGCAGUGGCGUAGAGACAGGCAGUGCAGAAAGUGCAAAGCACUGGGGCAAAGGGCUGUUUGGGGUCCAUUCAUAAAUAGGCUUAAAAAUAAUAAUUAAAAAUAUGCUCCAACUUCAUACUUUUGAGCAGAAAUGGCCAGUUUUUGUUUACCAUUUGUUUACCAUUCAUUAGUUUUGCCACUCUGACCAGCUAUUUAUUUAUGCAAAUUUGCUUAUGUCGGACAUAAGGCCUCCUUAUAAACUAUUGCUAGAGAUUAGACCGUGUAACCUAUUGUUUAUAGAUCUGGUGAUUAGUCACCCAUUGUAUAGUCUUAUGUAUUCUGUUAAGUUUCUCAUAGAUACUCAAGCGCUGACGAAGGUAACAAGGAGUUAC